UAAUCAUAAAACAUUGAAUGUAAUUCGUUUCUAAUUUCGUGAGCGCGUGCCAAUAAUGGGCAACAGAGGCCUAGAGCAGCGCGGGAAGAAAUCUAAAGCCAAAGAUUCGCCGCCGGUGCAGGUGGCUGCCCUGGAAGUGCAAAAUGUAAGAAAAGCGAUCAGCCGAUAUGGAACUUUGCCGAAGGGUGCAAGAAUUGGGGCCUAUUUGGAGUCGCUUCGACAGAGCGGCAUGUCAACGAACGAAGAAUCCGGAGCUGCCGCUCAAAUCGUCGCUCAAGUAUCCGGAGAUUCGGACUCGACUCCACGAUCACUGUCUCCCAGAACCAAUAUUAGGGCGCAGCCUCAAAUGAUCCGAAGCAACUCUUCAAGCGGAGUUACCGCCUUUCAUGGCACGCAUCCUCCCAGUUCUCCCACUUCCAAACUAUCUAGAAAUAGAAAUUUAGCUCGAAAUAAUACCGAUAAUAUUCGAUCGAGUCUACGCACCUUCAAAGGGCCGCAAAGUUCGUUCCGAGGGGGCAGCCCUUCACGGUCGGUGCCGCCCCCCACGUUGGCCGAUUUGGAAUUUCCACCGCCUCCAACUGAUUUGCCGCCUCCCCCAGAAGAAUUCGAUAAUACCAGUUCGAUCGACAUGGUGGAUUGCAGCACGGCCAUCAUGUGCUCUUCGACUGAAAUAAAGAAGAAAAUAGUCCCGAUGUCCCCCAUGCUACCCAGCAAGAAAGUGCAUCGGGAGGUCGGUACCAGCGGAGGAGCCGGGGCUUCAACGCCCCUUUCUCUUGAGGCGGCCAAUCGCUGGACCUCCAAAGAGAACCUGCUGGCUCAGGAGGAGGACGAUCCUCAACUCUUCGUAGCUUUGUACGACUUCCAAGCUGGCGGCGAGAAUCAGCUCAGCUUGAAAAAAGGUACUUUUCAAAUAGACAUGAAUUGUGUGUGA